AUGCUAUCCGAAUCGAAACUACCACCAGAAAUAUGUGAUCACAUCAUCGAUUAUCUCUGGAACGACCGUCGCGCUCUCGCCGCUUGCAACCUUGUCUGUCGAGCCUGGUUACCUGCCACUCGAACUCAUAUCUUCAACAGAAUCCGUCUUCCGAACAAGGUAACAUCUGCACGCUUCCGACAACUACUCGCAGAAUCUCCCUACAUCGCACGACACGUUCGCGCACUAUCCAUCAGGAGGAGCUCUCGGUCCGCAGGCUUACCUUUAGACUACUCUGAAAUUCUGCAAAAACUGACGUCCUUGAGGCAUCUUUACGUGAGAUGCAUGGCGCACACGUCCGACCCAUAUCCUGCAUUUGUCAUGGAAACGACGCUCGAACCGAGUCUACACUCCAGCUUUGCUAUGCUCGAGACGUUACAUCUCAGGCAUCUGGUCUUCGUGGGGCCAGACCUUCCUGUAUUGCUUUGCUCCUGCCCUCGGCUUUCGGUGCUACAGAUGGUGGACGUGCGGUGGAUGCACGACUACGAUAAUGACGCAUCAUUCAGCAUAGCACCAGCGCAGAACAUACAGAUUGCCGAGCUGGUACUCAAUGAAGUUACCUCAAACAUCAUUCGCUUUCUUGGGAACGGGACGCUGCAGCUAUGGCUGCGCAGACUUGAGACUUCCAUAAGUGUAGAGGACCUCUCUAUGCUUCUGUCGAGAGUCCACCAGGACGCUGAACGUACCUUGCAGCAUCUCAUAGUCUCCGCUACUAAGAACUCACGGUCUCGCGAUGGGACUAUGUUGCGCGACAUCCCUCAGCUGCGCGAUCUUCGCAAACUACAUCUCAAGAAAAACAUACCCAGAUCCCGUGCGGAAGAUGCCAGUUCGUGGUUGACAACGAUUUUGGUUGCAGUAGAGGCCAUCCCCCUCCACUUCGUACAAAUCGAUCUCGAGCUAUAUGGCUCUGCGGAUCUGGUCUUCUUCCUGGAUUGGCACCUAGUUGACGCCGCUUUGGCCGGGCUUUCGCGUCAGGGUGCGCUGGUUGUCCUGUGCAUCGAGGAAGACAACACGACCGACGAUUCUCGCGAACUCAUGGUGGUCUACCUGUCGAACUACUUGAUCGCGUCGCGUACUGAAUGCAGGCCGAUCAAGGUGGUCCUCAAGGAUGCAUCUGCGGUCGAGCCGAAACGUAUCAUAUACCUUGAUACUCUCUGUUAG